CUCCUUCAACAUCCUCCUCCUGUCCUCCUCCCAGAGUGCAGUCAGUCUCUGACAGAGAGGAGAAGCAGGUGUUUGCUUGACUUUCUCACUUCCAACACGGAGUUGUUUGGAAGUUUUCAGAGCGUUAUUUUUUUUCUUUAAAAAGACAAAGAGUCAGAUCAGAUUAGAUUAGAUUAGAUUACAAUCCAGGAAAAAACGAAUAUGCUUCAUGUCCGGUCUUUGCUCUUUGGAUGCUUGCUUUGUCUUGUUGUGACCUCUGUGUUGGCAGAUGGUCGAGUGUUUGUUUUGGGUCCGACGAGCCUCUCGGGUGUUCUGGCCUUCAGAGAUGCUCUGCAGGCCUGCGCCUCCCAACGAGCCCGCCUGGCAUCAGUGGAGGAGCUCCGUCACGCCGUGGCCGAGUGCUUCUUCUCUCAGUGCGCCCGUGGGUGGCUCCACGGAGGCACCGUGGGGACCACUGUGUGUGAUGUUGAAGGCAGCUCGCUGAAAGCAGUGAACGUGAGGACAGAAAAUGGUACAAAGGAUACUGCACACCUGAGCGCUUUCUGCAUCAAAGACAAAGCCGUGGCUUGUGGUGAUCCUCCAUCCUUCCCCAACGCUCGCCUGCAGGAGAGCUCAGGCUUCGAGAUGGGCGACGAGCUGCUCUACACGUGUCUGCCGGGUUACGUGAUGCCAACUGGACACGCUGCCUUCAGCCUGAUGUGCGACAGCUGCGGGGAGUGGUACGGCACGGUGCAGCUUUGUGUCAAAGAUAAAACUGAAAGCCACGUAGACUACGAGGACAAGUUUGAAGAUUCCUAUGAAGCAGCAGAUCAUGACCGAGGCAGUCCAGAGGAGCAGCAUGACAAGACGUCUGAGGAAGUAUUUGGAUCCCAAGAUAGGAAGACAAGUUUGCAGCAGCAAACAACAAGAAUUAGGGUCAACGCAGGGGCGGAGCAACAAGACCAGCAUGAAGAGCGGGACGUGAGAGAAGCAGUGAUUAAUAACAGAAGAGCCUUUGGAGGAGCUGUUGAUGAAGCAGCUACACGGGAGGACCUGGUCCAUCCAAGCCCGGAGCAGGAGAGGAGCGAGGACGUCGGGACAAAUGCAGCUGAAGCUACAGAAGAACCCGUCUCUCUUCUGUCUCAGAAACACCUGUUCUGGUUCCCCUCUGAGGCCUUCCAGAACGAGAAGGCUCCCCUCUCCCCUGACUCCAUCACACAGACAAAACAGAGAGCUUCUGGUGCGCAGUCACAGGAGAGUAAAGAAAAAGAGAGCCAGGAGAGGCAUGACAUCUCACAGCCCACUGAUGAUGAUGAUCACGAUGAUGAUCACGAUGAUGAGCAAGAUCGAUACGAUGAACCGGACAAUGAUGAGGAAGGUGAUCAUGAUGACAGCCACCAUGAUGACCACGACCAUGACAAUCCUGAUGAUCAUGACGACAACCACGAUGAUCAUGAGCAUGACCAAGAUGGCAAUGACCAUGACGAUCAUGACCACGAUGAUCAUGACGACCAUGAAGAUGACCUUACUGAUAAUCCAGAUGACCCAGACAGCCACCAAGAAGAAGAUGAUGAUCAUGUGACGCAUCGAGGUGAACAUGAGAAUACACGGGACCGCCACCAAGACCAUGAUGAUCACGAUGACCACUAUGGCACAGGCACACAUGAAAAGGACCGCGAUCAUGUUGGCUACGGCACUCAGGAGUACGAUGAUCAAGACGAUCCAUACGAUGAACACCACAGCCGGGAGGAUCACGAUGAUACAACAGAAGAUCACGAUGAUAAUGAUGAUGAACAUCCAGAUGGCUCUGAGGAACAUCCAGAUCACAAUGACCACGACGAUGAUGACCACUUACCGGAUCAUGAUAUCCACGAUGAUCAUGAAGACAAGUAUGAGAAGAGUUAUGAUGACCAUGACAGCCAUGAAGAUGAUGACGGUCACUCGCGAGUAAUCUUUUCAGUAGCCACAGAAGAGCGCCCAACUAUCACCCAAAGGGGAGCGGGAAGUAAGAUCAAAGACGAGACCUGGCUGGAUGGGUACCCAAUUCAAGGAACUGAAAAUGGUGAUUCCACAAAAAGACCAAUAAGACCAGUGGAUGGUGAGCAAGCUGUCAAAACAACAGACAGACCAAAUGACGUGGAAGCGCGUAAACGGAUUCCCCACACCAACUCACCAAAUAAACGCACGUCUCCCACUACAGCACCUGAAAGGGUGGUGGAGAAAGUAAGGCCUGGCUACAGGACCCCUGGUACCUCCUCUGAUCAUUUACAGCCUUCAGACUCCCCAUCCUACUCGGACACCCUGGACUACGACACGCAACAGGCGGCUCCCACCCAGUCCUGGCUGGACGAACUCACCGAGCACCCCUUCCUCGAUCACGGCCUAGCUCCUCCGGUGCACGACGGCGACAUCUUCCCUGGCUUGAUUGGGGAACACGCUGUGCACAACCUUCCCGGUGAGAUGGGGGAGGCGGAAGGAGAGAUGGGGGAGGCGAUCUGCACGGGCGAUGACUGCCCUCCCCUACCUCCCAGUUCAUCCAGUCGAGGUCCCACAGUGGCAGCCAUAGCCGUGCUGGUGUGCCUGGUCGCCAUGGCCGUCAUCUUUGGGGUGUGGUGUUACAAACGGCAACAGCAGAAGAGCUCGAUAUACGAGAUGAACGGGAAAGGCCAAAGUCAAAGCAGACAGGGCCAACAGAUGGAGAUGCAGCAAAAAGUGUAGACGCUUGUGACGAGGAGAGUGCUGAAAGGACGCAGAGACUUUUAGGACAAAUUCUGAAGAAACGUACAUCUAAACACCACCGAUGUAGAAGUUUUUGAAUAUGUAGGAACCUAAAACUUACGACCGCUCAGCUAUAAUGAGCAAACCGUGGUAGCGUUAACAAAAACAUUGUGAAGACUUUUUGCUGGAACUUGAGUGAAAGAAGAUCAUAACAAAUCCCUUAGAAAUUCAUCCGUUUGUUCGACUUAUUGGUUAGUUUUAAAGGUUUCUAGUUGGACUCAUAAAUGAGCUAAUAUAUUUUGACAAACUUCUGAAUAAAUGAACUGAGAAUUCAACUCUGAAGGUUCUCUGACAUUGUGGUAAAGAAUCUUAGCGUAAUCUUUUUAUGUUGUUUGUGUGAUUGAUUUUUUUUUGUACCACAUUCAUGCUGAAGUUCAGAGUGAUCAGCUGACUAAAAGGAAAGUAGUCCAUGUAGAUGAGAAUGUAUGACCAUUUUCCCCCUCCGUUCUGUUGAUUUUGGCAUUUGUUUGAUGAGACAUAGAAGAGUCCAGACCCACUCAAACGUAUGGGAUAAAGAUAAUGUACCGGUGUGACUGAGGAACCAGAGAUUAAAAUCAUUGUGGUGCUAACACAACAAAGGAUCAUGACAUCAAACGGUUUAGCUUUAUUCUAAAAUAAGAUUUGUGAUUUACUUACGUAAUAGUUUAAACACAAUAUUUUCAAAUAUUACUGGAUUAAAAAAAAUAAAUCAGGGUUAGACCACAAGCCCUUAUGGUUUUUAUGUGCAAAUGAUAAAUGUUUAAAGUUUCAUUAUGUGAUUUUCACUUUUCAUAUAGCUGCAAACAAUUACUUCCCAUAUAAAAUUGUAAUAUAUUGAAAUUUCCAGGGCAAACAGUCUUAUAUUGUUUCCUGCUCUUGCUGUAAAGUUCUAUGACGAUCUAGAUGCAAAACCUUUUGUGGCAAAUUUUAUGUGGCAAUCUGGCAAUAACCUGCUGUUAUACCCAACCAAAUGCCAAUAGAUCACUUAAAUGUAUAUAUUUAUUUGCACCUAUAUAUGCAGAAUUUAUUAGCUCUGAGUAACAGGAACAAAAUACUCGAAAAAUGUUUUGCAAUGAGGGUGCUGCAGCUGGGGCCGCAAGACUGAGCACAGCACUCAACUUUUCGAAAAAAAAAACUAGUGUUUUGCAGCUGUAAGAUUGUUUUUAAUCCCACGUGUGCACACAUUUAUUCUUUAUGUAUUUGCCUGUGUUUGUGUGAUUCUGUUCAUUUGUCUGUGAGCAAAAUAUCCCAUGAACCGCUGGACAGGUUUUUAUUGAAACUCUCAGAAGGGAAUCAGUGGAUGGACAACCCAGGUGUGUUUAUUUCAGGGUGCCAACAUCUCUGUUGAAUACUUUUGWGCAGAAACUUUGGAUCUUCAAAACCACAACCAAAACAUAAAAAAAGACGUUAAUUUAAUAGACGAUCACGAGUUCACAAACUUUUGCCACUUUUAAUUAACCAUCCAUGAAACCACAGACAGAUGUGAAAGGUGUCCAGUGGAGUUAAUUUAUGUAAAAAUGUAAAAAAGUACAUUUUUUCCCAGCAUCUAUGAUUUGUUUAAUUCUAGUGAUGAACAAAGAGAGCUCUUUAACGUAGUGCCGUUUUCAAGAAAACAUUUUUUAUUUUAUUACAAACACAGUAAAAUUUCCAAUUUGACUAGAAAUUGUAUCCAUUUAUAUUUGGCCUGUUUUUAAAUAAAUUUGUUAAAAAAAAAGAAAGAAAUGAGAAUAAAAGCAGGUAGGAGCUUUACGAAAAUCAGUCAUUGAAAUAGUSAUAGAAAACGGCAAUCAGCGCACCUGGAAAUAAAAUUCUAGUAUUWUGUUGCAUUGUCAGCACAUUCAGGUAUUAGUUGAAUUUAAAAAACUGCUCUCGUUCAUAAAAUGUGGGAUUUUCUUUUAAAUAUCACAUUGAACAUGCUAAAGUGUUUGUCAGAACAAACUGUGUCAUGAAUGUGUUCAAGUCUCAAUAAACAAUAAAAAAAAAACAGUUUUGAA